AUGGAGGCUAGAAAUGCCGAUGUUCGCGAAGCCUUCGACGAGAACCUCAGCGCGUGGGGUUUAGAUACAACGGCCCGCACUGUCUCCCGCCCCGCCGUUGGAGACGAUGCCGCAUCCUGCAGCUCUUCCUGUGUAGGCAGUUGUCCGAGCCACUGCGGUGUGGACGGACAGGGCCAAGUGUGUGUUGACGAUGAAUGUGUUGCGCAAGAGCACCCUGGCAUAUGCUGCGCCGAUGAUGACUGUGGUGUGGAAAGCCUUUGUGUCGACGAGGCUUGCGAAGCCGCACAUGAUCCUUGCACAGAUGUAAAGUGUAUUAGCGAUGUAUCGCUUCCCAUUGGCACCAGGGCCGAGACCGCCGCUGCCGCAGCGCUCACUUCCUUUGGGGACAACGGUUCGGCGACCCUCCCAGACUUCAGCGGGUGUUGUGGCCACUUGCACCCAUCCUUUGGCAAUGAAUUCCACUUUGGUCAUGGCCAUUCAGCGUGCGCACACCAUGCACCCGAAUUACAAUUGGGUCGGCCCUUCAACAGCACUGGGAUGCGGAUGGAUACCGCGGCCGACCCUGCGGCCGACUAUAACUUCCAAGAACAGUUCUGGCAAGAGAAUCCUGGUCUGGCAUUUGCCAGCCACAUAUUUCACUAUCACGAUCCGAAUCAGAGCCAGGUUGACCAUAGCCAGUCUUGCAUAGUCGACAACCCCAACCUGUCAUUAUCAAGAUGUACACUACCUGUAAUUACAGGUAACGAUGGCCUCGACUUUAGCACCUUCUUGAACACAGACUCGGACUUUCAAUGCGGAUUCCCCAUCCAAGAUCCAGCCAUGUACCACAAACACGUCUUGACUCAGCAUAGAACGCUGCUAUCCCAUAUCCCCGGGUUUGCGCCAUGCAUCAACACUGCCAAUCUCGUUUCAACACUUGAUACUGUUCUUGAAGAGCCUCAGACUUCAUUUAACACACAUACAUCGGGCCUCUUCUCGUUCAACUUUGCCAACGACUCAAUCAAGCCUAGGGCAAUAUCGACAUCCGUUUCCUCUGGAACUAAUGCUUCCGUGAGAACAUCCCCUAUGCCCACACCCGACACAAUAGCAACACCACCGCCCCCGGUAGAUGUUAAUUCCAAGUUGUCCAUUUUCCAGAAGACCACAGAAGCUUCGGAAGGCGAAGUCGACGGAAUGCAAAUAGACCAAGACGACGGCUACCAAUGCUUUUGGAAAGACCCAGGAUCAGGCAAGGUAUGCCUGAAGCAUUUCAAUGACAGCGAGGAGUUGGAUGCGCAUUGCAGAAGAGACCAUGUCAAGACUAUGCAAAGGGUCGAUGGUGGAUACCCAUGCAUGUGGCAGCAUUGCAAACGCGAACAUGGAAGUUUCAGUCAGCGCGGCAAGCUGAAUCGACACCUACAAGUCCAUACAGGCUUGAAACCUACCGAAUGUCCCGUGUGUGGUGUGAAAUUGUCUGCAAAGCAAGCUCUAGACCAACACAUGCGGCUUCACACCAACGAGUGCCCUUAUGUUUGCGAUUGGCCAGAAUGCAAUCGAGUAUUCAAGCAGCGUAGCGCUUUGACCAUGCAUUACCGAACCCAUACUGGAGAAAAGCCGUUGAAGUGCGACGUUUGCGGUGCCAUGUUUAGAGAAUCAUCUAACCUAACAAAGCACCGUCGGAUUCACAAUGACAAAGGCAUGUAUGAGUGUGACAUCUGCAAAAGAGACUUCAAUCGCCUGGAUCAACUGAGGCGGCAUUUGAAUUCAAACCACAAAGACAUGCCAGAGGCUGUGAGCGAGGCAUUGAAGAAUGCCAAGCCGGUUUCUAAGCAAGCCAACAUGGGGAGGCGCCAUGCUCGUCAUGCUCGACACCGCACUGGGAGCAGUUCUGCUCCGUCCCCCACUGGUGUCCCCUCUACUAGCCCGGAGCCUUUGCUUCAGAGCAGCGAGCAGCAUGGCUUUCUCGAUGAAAUGGCAACGAGUGACCCUCUUUAA